UACRUGGGAAUUUACUCGUUGGGUAAAAWGCAGUCAAAUMAUUUACACUCCUAAAAACACAUKCAGAGAACAAUUCUCGAUUUUCAUUUAAGCUAAUGUUAUAUGUUAAGCUGUUAUAGGUUUGACGGUUUUAAAAUAGACACUCACUGCUAGUUGAAAUGUGCUACUUUCUUUCCAAGUUUCAUWAGUGAGACUUACCGAUGAAUAAAAAUAACUUCCUCAGAAAAAACACUCGUACAACACUUUCCGCAACAUUGUGAGCUCCUCCUUUUAACAAAUUAUGGCGAACUUCUAACCGAACCCUUUUCAAACCAAGAGCGCUGGGACCGGAAAUGGUUGUUAACCAAUCAGAACUCGCGUAAGCGCUGGCGCCCUUUGAGGUUGUCUUACAAUUUAUAAUARCAUAAAAGAAAGCGUGCAGCUCUGCUAGGUAAAUCUUAUAAAGUAAACAGUGAAGAAAAAUAUGUUAUGUAAUGUUGUGUCCCAAAUAAUACGAGUCUGCAACUGGGCGCCACCCAGGAAGUCGCGUCAGGAUUAGAUCUCAACAUCACUCGGACUUUACAUUUCAAGGUUACUGGCCGURGAUGUUGGCUUUGAAAUCAGCGGARCCGUGGACCAGCGCAGAACCAAGCAGMUUGUCCGGUCAAAAUGGCGCUAUGUUUAUGUCCCUGUAUAAUCUUUUACUUCACUUAACUAGCCCUAUGAGAUGCUACGAUGAUUGUAUCGUUUGAAAGAUAAUCCAAGAUAAACAACAAACCACAGCAACAACGACCAGGACAAACCGAUUCGUGGUGGCUAUCAAAGUUCUCCCAGCAGCAGGCAGGAUGCAGGCUGAAGUGACAGACUCUUCCCUCAGAGAGGGCAUUGAGGCUCUUGGGGUGAAGGACGCAGAAAAGCCUGCUGCAGGGACAGAAGAAGGGAGCAUUACGGAGCAACAUGACUCAGAGAUGACAGCCGUGACAGAGGARGACCCAGCUGCCAAGGAUGAAACAGAUGAGAACACAGAAGCUGUGGGAGGAGAGACACAGAAGGACCAACUUCAGGAAGAYGCAGGGGGCGACGCUGAAGGAGAGAAGCCGGCGGCUGAAGUGGACGAUGAGUGGGAGCUUCCGUACAGCGACGAGGAAAUGGAGGACCCCAAGAACUGGAUGCCUCCCCCUUCCGAGAUCAAAAGACUCUAUGAGAUCCUCGCUAAAGGGGAGAUGUUGGAGUUGAACUUUGUGCCCCUCCCCAGAAGGCCCCCCACGCCCGAACGCACCCCAUCGCCUGAAAGGGAUGAAGAGGAGGAGGCUGCAAAGGAAAGGGAGAGACUGGAGAAGGAACGGAAACCACCAUCUCCGACUGAGUUCGAUUUCAGCGAGGAGCAAACUCAGAACACACCGAAAAACGCCUUCAUCAACAGGCGCAGAACACCAGGCUCUUCAGCUCGCUCCUCCAUAAAGAGGGAAGCUCGUCUGGACAAAGUGCUGUCAGACAUGAAGCGCCACAGGAAAAUCGAGGAGCACAUCCUGCGUACGGGCCGAGAUCUCUUCAAGAGCGAGAAGAAGCUGGAGGAGGCCCUUUCUCCAAACAGCCAGAAGGAGCGGGAGAAGGAGAGGGARCGAGACAGCAACCCCAACACCAUCUUCUCCCCGAGACAGAGGAGAUACUGAAGCGUUCAGGAACCAGGACUUGCCCCGAGGCCAUYGGGAGCUCGUCAAGGCUCUCAAAAGACUUGAAUUUUUUUAAUUGUAAGAAGUUUUGUAUGAUUUUUUUGAGUGUUUUGUAUAAUUCCCAUAAAUAUUUMAAUUUUAAA